UACAUUGACGUGCAGUUCAUAAUAAUCUAUUCCCUUUCUUAAUUCCAAUCAUACUUUGGAGUUUACGGCUCGGAAAACUCAAUCGAUUGUUUUCAGAUUAUCCUGCAAACACGAGGGGAACACCUGGGAUCACGAGCACUUCGCUUCUGAAAUAACGAGUAGUUCGGCAAAACAAAAUUGUGAUAUAAAAACUGCACAUUCGAUCGGUAUCAUGUCCUUCAUCUGUUUUUCUGACCUAUUGCCAGAUACAAACAUCGUACUUCAUAAGUUGCAACAACAUGCCUAUUCCAACGGAAGUUGUAGGGAGCUUACCUCGUCCACACUACCUUCAACAAGCUUACGCGGAAUAUGACUCGGGAAAGAUUUCUAAAGAUGAAUUGAUCAAGCUACAAGAUAAGGCAGCUGCAGAUUCUUUGUCUCGUAUGCAACAGACUGGGGAGAUUUACAUCACGGAUGGAGAACAGAGAUCGAGCUCAUUCGCAACAUAUCCAGUUCUUGACUCUCUGGGUGGUACGGGUUUGAGCGAGACCCUAUCAGCAGAAGGCGGUCAAUAUUUCGCGAUAUUUGAUGACGGACAUCAUAGGAAGCUACCCAAACUCAUCCGAGGGCCUUUCAAAUACAAACACUAUGCAUGGCAGAACUUUCAAAAGAGUUCCCCUCUAAGCAACGGUCACCAGAUGAAGCAAGCGGUCAUUGCUCCAAGCAUGAUGUAUCUCCUGUAUCCCUUGAGUGAAGAGAUCGAAGGAUAUUCAAAGGAUCAAUUCAAAAGAGACGUUGUUGACGAGUGUGAAAAGGACAUUCGGGGAUGUUUUGAAGCGGGGGCGAAAAGAGUUUCCAUUGAUUUUACGGAAGGUCGUUUGGCAUUGAAGAACGACCCUCGUAACCCUUGGACAGGCGCAAGCCUUCUGGAGACGUUCAUCAAUCUGAACAACAGUGUCCUUGACCGCUUCUCUCCCGAGGAACGCGUUAACAUCGGUGUUCACUCUUGUCCAGGCGGAGAUUGUGAUUCUGUGCACUCCUCUGAGGUGCCAUACCAUACGCUCCUUCCGAGUCUGUUCAAAAUCAACGCAGGAUACUUUCUCAUACAACUCGCGUCCGAAAAUGCAGCAACGCGUGCAUCGAUCCAUCAAGAGAUCGGGAAGCACAUUCGAAGAGACGCCAAAGGGGUGAAACAAAUUGCAUUUAUCGGUGUGAUUAACCCACUUGAUCCUGUCGUCGAAACCCCUGAACAAGUCUGCGAGAGCCUAAUGGAGGCGAGCAAGUAUAUCCCUGUAGAUCAGUUAGGGGCAACAGACGACUGCGGAUUUAGUCCAUUCAGCAUAGAUAAAAAACCAAAGCAUGGUGGUAAUCCCGAUUUCGCGAGAGAUGUCGCAUUUCAAAAGAUUUCAGCGAGAGUUCAAGGAGCAAAAAUGGCCAGUGAAAAACUAGGUGCUUGAUGAAUGUGUUGAUCCUUCGUAGUCGUCUACAAGUACAUACCCUCCCACUACUAGCAUAUUACUCGUAGAUACCCGGUGUGGUAUGAAGCUGACUCAUAAGAAUUACAUCCCGAGGACAGCCGGCAAUGAAAUCGAAGACACCCCCAUUUGGCGAUAUAACCGUCUUGUCACUUGAGGUGUAAAUUGUUCUAGUUUUGAACACGAUCCACCAUCCCCAGCCUCAAAUUCUGACUGGUUUUUCUUUGACCAACUCUAUAACGUUUUCUGUUCUUUGAAAUCGAGCUUUCUGCACAUGUCUUCUACAGUACCAUCAACGACGACGGUUGCAACGGGCGCAACGAGUACAACACUGGUAAAGUAUUCAAGCCAAGGGGAAACU